AUGUCCAGCAUCGACCCCGCUCUUCUGCGGAUCCUUGAAAAGGAUUGCGCCUCGCUCGGUUCGAGCUUCUCAUCGGCGGGCCCUUGUAGAGUGCUAGCGCAGCCCUCAAAUCGGCUGCUCUUUGCGAAGCUGACGACGCCAGUCGAUCAGGUGGUCGGCGAGGGCCAGAGCUUACGAGCGAUGAAGGACGCCCUUGAACAAUGCCCCCGGGGCUCCGAGUCCCUGGUUCCGGCAGUGCACGCGGCAGGCGUGGCCGCGGACGGCAAAAAGGCAUACCUCGUCACCGACUAUCUUGAUAUGAACGGCCGCGUCGGCAGUCGAGGUCAGAGACUGCUCGGACAGAGGCUCGCAAACAUGCACAAAUUCGGCGGUAAUGAUCGGAAUCUCUUCGGCUUCGAUGUCCCCACUCAUUGCGGAGCUACAGAGCAAGACAACACCUGGACGGAGAAGUGGAGUGACUUUUGGGCAGAUCGGAGGAUCGGCGAGGUGAUCAAGAGGAUCGCCGCAAGGUCAGAGGACCACGAACUGUCGACACUCGAAGGACAGAUGAGAGAAAAAGUCUACCCGCUGCUCUUGGAGCCGCUCGACGGAAAGAUAUCACCUGCAGUACUACACGGCGAUCUCUGGUCCGGAAACGUUGGAGAGGAUGCUGCGUCCGGCGAGCCCGUCAUCUUUGAUCCAUCGAGCUACUACGGCCACAACGAGGCAGAACUCGGCAUCAUGCACAUGUUCGGCGGAUUCACAAAUGACUUUUUUGAGGCCUACCAUGCUGUGUUGCCCAGGUGCCAGCCAUACUACGACGAAAGGAUCAAGCUGUACGAGCUCUACCACCACCUUAAUCACGCGCUCAUGUUCGGCGGCUCGUACCGUGGAGGCGCCGUGUCCAUCAUGAAGAGCCUCGUGUCCUUUGCCGAAAGGGAGGUCAGGCGCAACGACGCCAGUGCCAGAUCCGAGCUGUGA